AUGUCAUAAAGAGUACAUAAACAAGCUAGGGGAAAUAUGAAAAGUUUGGUAUUUUAAAAUAAAAACUAAAAUUAUAAUCAUUUUCAUAUUAAUAACGUUUUGGUUUAAUUAUCUUCUGUUAACCCUAUCAAACUUAUGAACAUUACUGUUGAGUUUUAAGUACUUUUCUCGAAAAUCUGAAAGUAAAUAUGAAAUUCGCUUAUUUCAUUAAUUGACUUAAUAUAAAAAAUAAGAAUUUACCUUACCAAUCUUCUCUUGUGAUAAAUAAGUAAGAGAAAUUAAAUUAAAUUGCUUGCUAGAAUCUAAGAGGUAAAUAAGAUGAAUAAUUCACUUAUAAUAUGUGCAAUACUACACGAUUUAGUUUAAUUUUUUUUUUAAUUCAAACAAAGAACAUAAUACUUAAUAGGAAAGGUAAUGUAGAUUCAAGAAUUAACUCUUUGGGCUGGGUUUAUAUACAGACUAUCUUGUUCAAACUCCUCUUGCAAUUAAGUAUCUGUUUAAAAAGUCGAUUAUUCUGGAAGAAUAGAAUAUAAGAAAAUAUCUAUUUUUUAUAUAUAAAUUUGAGACUCGAUUGUAAAAUUCAAAUUAUUAUAGAAUAGUAGAAAUGUGUAUUCUAAUAUUUUAUUGAGGGUAAAUUUAUUAGAUUUUUCGGAUACAUUAUUUAACGAAUAUAAGAAGUAUUUCAACUAUAAGGUCGAAUAUUUAAAUGCUGUUGCAUUUAUAAUUAAUGAAAAUAGUCAUAUAGAAUCUUCAGGUGUCUCUGUAGUUCGUGAGGUGGUUGAAUGA